AUGAGCGAUGUGCAAUGGGAUCAAAGUUUCAAUGAAUUGCCAAUAUUGGCAGAGGAGUACGAUGGCAAUGGGGCCACAGGAUUCCUGGAAUGGUUGAUAUCCCGCCAGGUGUUCGACCAAUGCCAGAGUUGCAACGUUGACGCCAGAUAUGCAAUCUGUAAGGGCAAUCAGAUCGAGCUGCAUGUGCCAAUCAGUGCUAGUGUGAAGUACUCUGCCAGUCAAAAUGUGGAAAACACUGUUGUGUGUGUGAGAAACACCACGUACGUGGUCGAGCAGAGUUUGGCUGGUAUCCGGGUUACUUAUCACAAUGUGAUUCGUCACCUGGCAAGCUACCGAGUCAUCUACCAGAUGCCGUUGGCUACGGACAGCUUGGCAAGGUCACUGGGAGGAUAUGUGAAUCAUUUCGCUGUCGAUCCAGCAACGGCAUACCCCCCUCGAACAACGGCGCGGUCCGACACCAAUUCAAUGGCUGAUGGAUUGAGACGGGGCACGACCAUACCAGUGACCCUUCACAACAGCAGACUUGAAGAAUUGGGAGCCAUCAUUCGGCUGCUGCUGGCUCAGGAACCGGUCAUUGAGCCUUACCUCGAGAAAGAGGGGCCUGGCCAGAUGCUAUCUCCUCCCGACGGCCGUGCUGAAUUCUCGGAUGAGGGCAGAUUCGGAACCUAUCCUGAUGGUGAGGAUUUUGUGAUCUGUGCGUCAGCAUUCAAGUUUGAAGAACCGGUGACAGUUUUGUUUUUCACAGAGACCGGUUUCCUUCCAAAUGCUGGAGUGGUGCCUGGAGACGCUGCAAUCCUUGCAAGCGGAUUGAGUCCGAACAGCCUACUUGGUAAUCACUACCAAGUGCCGAUGGACCCUCUGGACAUGGAGCGCCUCAUUCCUAUGAGUGGGUUACGUGAGGCACUUAGCAUCUUGGCAAAAAUCUUGCCAGAUGCAGCAGGCUGCACUGCUGGCGCAAUGGUGGCCUGGAGUCUGUCUGCGGGACAGCCGGCAGAGGGGCAACACGAAGAGACUUCUCUGGUUGCACCGGCGUACAGUGCUUGGAUUGCGAGAGGAAGAAAAGCUUUUGCGCAGAGUUCAGUGGUCGGUUCGAUGUUUCCAGACUUGGUGAACUUGGAAAGUGAGGUUAGAAGUACUGAUUCAUCAGUCAGAAACAUCCUCAGAGCUUGGAAGACUUCAGGUCGCAGAAGUGAUUACUACUCGGCGCCACAAUCAAUUUACAAGUUGAUGCGAUUGUACUUGGUGCAGGCAUUGCGCUAUGUCGGGAUGAGGCCGGCAUGCCUGGCUUUGGACGCAAAUCCAGUCACUGAUGCAUACAACGAUGAAAGAGCAGAGGCUGAACAGAUCUGUACUUCCUCACAAGGGACAACGACUGGUCUCAGUGAGGUACUGGACAGAGCGGCAGUGCGACUGUCAAAUGUCACACUGCCCAAGGUGCUUCUCGAGGGCCUGCGGCCAGGAGUUGCAACUCUGAACCCUUCACGGAGUCUUAGCCGUACGGAGUACGGUCCAUACUCCCCUCUCACAUGGCCAGUGUUCAGGGCUAUGACGGGUCCGACAGCUUUGGAGCUCCCACCCAGCCUCCUCACUUUGGUCAGCGAAGCUGGGUUUUGUCCAGCGGAAAGUCAUGCAAUCGAAAUCGUGAUGGAACGUUUCCAAAACAUUGCAGCUGAUCGAGUACUCUUCGCUGGCAAUGAGCAGGCCAGUAUCACAAGCGAAGGAAUACAGCUGCUCGCUGACGCAGGGUUGGGGUUUGGCUCAGAUCUCACAGUGAGAGUCUUCCCAAACCUGGCGGUUGACACGGGCCUUGAGAUGCACGCGUGUGCUGUCAGAGAAGUGAGCAGUCAGUCCACCACGUUUGUUGGACGGGGUGCGCAAGUGAACUUGGACUGGGUUGGCGUCCCCGUGGUGGUCCAAGGAGUUAUGCUUGUGAACACAUCAAUGUCAGAACAAACGCAGGUGGCUUUUGCCUUGGUACAGCACUUUAGGAACAAACUCUUUGGCGUUUGUUCAUUCAUUCUGGUGGUCGAGAUGUGCGAACGACUCUGCUACUACACUCUCCAAGGUUCGCAGCGCAACUUCCUGGAAGAUGCGGGUGGAACAGGACAGAAUCGCGGCAUGAAGGCCUCAACCGCCUUUUCAGUGUCAGCUUGUUGGAGCAUGGUUUCCUAUCUCUCAUGCAUGCUGGGUGGAUAUCUGGCAGAUAACCGCUUGGGGCGCUACAGGACUAUCCUGUACUUCGCUGCCAUCUACGUCUUGGGCGUGGUGAUCAUUGCUCUGUCUGCCAUCCCAGCGGUCAUGAGAAAUUCCAUCAGCGUGCCCAUCUAUCUGCUCGGUGCCUUUGUCUUUGUGGCUUUGGGCACGGGAGCCAUCAAGCCCAACGUCAUGAACUUUGGUGCGGAUCAGUACGACACGGAGGACCCUGAGGAGUUAGUACAGCAGAAAGCCUUCUUCUCCUACUUUUAUCUCACCAUCAAUAUCGGGGUGGUCUUCGCCAUGGGCUACACGGUGAAUUUGGCCACCAGCGAGAGCACCGAGGAAUCGGCUGGCUCAGGUUAUCUGAAGUCCUACUCCAUCGCAGCUGCUGCCAUGCUCACGGCCCUGUGCUGUUUCGCUUUGGGCACUCCCAGGUAUGUGGGCAAGGGUCGCGUGCAACGACGGCCCAUGGCCAGUGUCAUUUGGCGACAUCUGUGUCGAUCGGCCGAGCAACAUCUGCGGGGCAAGCUCUGCGUGAUGCCCUGGGUUCUGGUCCCAGUUUAUAUGAUCAUCAUCCUGCUGGGUUCGUUCCUGGGAUCCUUCCCUUUGGCCUCGCGCAUCCUGACGUGGCUUGCGAUGGCUUUGGCACUGAUCUCCUGUAGUGGAUUAGUCUUUCUCCACGCCAAGAACGACUUUGUGCCACUUCUGGAGGCUGACAUUCAGCAAGGGCAGGAGGGUGCAAUCACAACUGCGCAUGUCAGAGGCGCUUUGGACUGCAUUCCCACCAUCAUUUGCAUCAACGUUGGCUUCAACAUCCCUUACAAUGCCAUGAACAACGCCUACCCCGCGCAGGCGUGUCAGAUGGACACGCGACUCUUUGGGCAGCAGCUGAAUGGAAGCUUCUUCAGCUUAGGGGAUGCCUUCGGAAUCAUCCUCUUGGUGCCUCUCUAUGAAAAAGUGCUUUUCCCUGCGAUCCGUCGCUAUCGAGGAUACCAUUUGAAUCGAUCCACCAAAUAUGUUCUGGGUUUUUCCUUCGCCAUUGCCGCGAAUUUAUCCGCUGCCCUACUGGAACACCUACGCCGUUCAAAGUCAACAGCGGAAGUGGCCGAUUUUGUCUUGUGCCCAGAGGAGCUAAUUGGCAGCAGCAGCUGUUCCAAUGGGUACCUGCUCUCCAAAUGCUCUCCUGGUGCUUCCCUUCCCAUGACGCGGAUGUCCGCCUUUUGGAUGGGCAUUCCGAUGUUCCUCACCGGUGCUGGUGAGAUUUUAGUGAACCCCGUGGUCUAUCAAUACGUCUUCGAGGAGGCCCCUGCACCGUUACGUUCCAUGCUGCAAGCGCUCAAUCUGGUCGCGGCAGGAUCCAUUUCGAAUGCCAUCACAGCAGCGCUGAGUCCACUGGUCCCUGAAAACCUGAACGAUGGCAGGAUCGUGUAUUUUUACUACGUGAACUGCAUCGUGGCACUGGUGAGUUUGUUGGUCUUCUUAGCUUUACCUGAGCAUGGAGCCGCCCGACCAGUGGACCCGGGCGUGGCUACGUCCUUAUUGGCCUCUAUGGACCGGAGCGCCUCCCUGCUGGGUUCCUCCCUACCGCCCACCAGCGGAUGA